AUCACAGAUACAGCCGGUAAUAUACUUCCAUAAUAAGUAGGGAGAUUGUGGAGGAAGAAAAGAUAAUGACAACGGCAGUGGCAGCCAUGGGAAGGGCAGCUCCUAAGCUCUGCUACUCAAACUCUUCGCAUCACCAGCUACUAUUAAAGCUCACAAAAAAGAAGCUCAUGAGUUCCCCAAAGUUCCUCCUCAACACCCCAAAUCUCUCAUCAAACACAACACCGAAAGAAACCUCUCCUAUCCACGCCUCCAAUUAUCCAAGAGAAGAAGAACAAGAAGAAGAAGGGCAAGAAAGUUCGAGCACAAAAAACAGCAACAGCAUCUCUCGGGAGGACUUGGACUAUUUGUGGAAACUAGGGGCUGGUGCUGUAGCUGGUGCAGCUCUGAUAAAAUAUGGAAGCAUCCUUUUUCCUGAGAUAACAAGACCCAACAUCCUCCAAGCUUUGAUUAUGGUAUCAACUCCUGUAAUUCUAGCCAUUGUUCUUUUGGCCAGACAAAGUCGUAAAAAGUGAGACCCUCGUCUCAUCGUAUUGUGCAUCUAAUAGAAUGCAAUUUACAAAGUUUUAGAUUAUUAUUUCAAGCA